AUGUCGCAGUACAUGCCGUACGGUGGGUUCAACUGGGUUGAACCCACAUUGAACGGAUUGAAUGAUUUGGAUGCUACCUCCCCCAUAGGGCGAGUGUAUGAGGUGGAUGUGUCGUACCCACGACAUUUGCAUGAUAACCACAAUGACUUACCCUUCCUACCGCAAAAUAGUGGCUCGAAGGUGAGGAAGUUGAUGGCGACGUUCGAGGAGAAAAAAAAUUACAUAAUUCACUAUAGGAGCCUGCAGCAGGCCAUUAAGAAUGGACUAAUAGUAGAAAAAGUACAUAGAGUGAUACAAUUUAACCAGUCUAACUGGCUGGCUAAAUAUAUUGAGUUGAACACCGAGAUGAGGAAGAAGGCGAGGAAUGAUUUUGAAAAGGACUUUUUUAAAUUAAUGAACAACGCUGUAUUUGGGAAGACUAUGCAGUCUAAAAGAAAGGAGAUGAAGAUGGAGCUAGUGUCGUGUGAGAGAAGGUUACAAAAAUUAAUCAACAAGAGUACAUUUAAACACUGUACCAAUUAUAACGAAAACCUAAACGCUGUCGCACUGGAGAAUAAAAUUAUUAAAUUUGAUAAACCUAUAUAUAUUGGAUUCGCUGUACUGGAUGUAUCAAAAACGCUAAUGUAUGAGUACCAUUAUGAUGUCAUGCAGAGGCACUAUGGAGACAAAAUUAAAUUAAUGUACACUGAUACAGAUUCUCUGAUAUAUCACAUAAAAACGGAUGAUUUUUAUGCAGACUUGGCGGCCAACCAUAGCUUGUUGGAUAGGAUGGACACCGCCAACCUGCCUCAUGAUCAUCCAUGCUACAUAGCAGAUAGAAAGAAAGAACCGGGUGUCUUUUCCGAUGAAGUGGACGGCAACAUUAUAACAGAAUUUUGUGCGCUGAGGGCAAAAUCAUAUGCCUUCAAUAUAUAUGCUGGACCGGAAGAUGAGGAAAAAGAUGAAGAAGACCGAGUAGGAGGAGAAAAGAUUAAGGCGAAGGGGGUAAAACGACAUGUGGUUAAAAACCACAUGACUCUUGAGGACCAUAAGAAGUGUUUGUUUGGGGAAGAAGGAUUAGAGUUGUAUAAGGAGAAUAUUUCAAUACGGUCAUUUAACCAUCAACUCAUGACCAUAAAGACAAAAAAAUUAACUUACAAUAGCUAUGACGAUAAGAGGGUGGUGUUAGAAGAUAAAGUCAACACACUAGCCCAUGGACACUAUAGUAUAGAAGAAGAUGACAUAUGGCCAGAACUUGAGGAAGAUGGAGGGAAAUGGGGCGCUGAGGAAAAAGAAUUGAUGAGAGAGCUACUACAAUGUAUAACUUAA